AUGGAGCUCCCGCUGGACGCUACCGCGAAGUGCGAACUUCGCGCAGUUAUUCGAUUUUUGAACGCAAAAGGCGUUCAACCGAUCGAAAUCCAUCGCCAGUUGGUGGAAGUGUAUGGAGGCUCAUGCAUGGGUGUCAAAAACGUCCGCAAGUGGUGCAGAGAAUUUGCAGCCGGCCGUACUGAAAUUCACGACGAACAGAGGAGCGGCAGACCGUCAAUUUCCGACGAGACAGUCACGAAGGUUGAGCAAGCCAUGCGUGAAGAUCGGCGUGUCACUCUGGAUGAUCUCAACAUUUUGGUUCCUGAGGUUUCCCGAAGCACCAUCCACAGGGUUCUAACAAAAAAAUUGCAAUAUCGGAAGGUGUGCGCAAGAUGGGUGCCACGGAUGCUGACGGAAGACCACAAACGGCAGCGAGUUGAUUCUUCCCGCGAAUUUCUUCGCACCUUUGCAGAAGAAAAGGACAACCUCCUGGACUCGAUUGUCACGGGAGACGAAACCUGGGCGUUUCACUUCACACCUGAAACCAAACAACAAUCACGCGAGUGGCGGCACCCCUAUUCGCCCAAGCCGCGGAAAUUCAAACAAUCACAAUCCGCUGGUAAAGUGAUGGCAACUGUGUUUUGGGACCGGAAGGGGGUAUUGCUGGUCGACUUUAUACCUGCAGGGACCACAGUAAACGCUGACAGGUACUGUUAG